UUUGAAAGUGUUAACGGAAAUGAGCUUGUGGUCCUGAAAAACAUUCAAAAUUAUUUCAUACGGAUGUUAUUUGAUGAUGUUUGGGGAGUAUUUUUCUUAUGCUUAGUCAGUAUACUAUAUUUUCCAUUAUUUAUUAGUCUUUCUAUGCUUAUAGGUAUAUUGACCCAUAUUUGACAUAUUUGAAAACAUUAACGUAAACGAGCUUGUGCUCCUGAAAAAAAAUAUUUUAUACGGAUGUUUUACAUAAUACACACACACAUAAUAUUCAAUUAUAGUAUUUUAAUUCAGGGUUAUGAUGUAAAAUUAUGUGAAUUGAAUUCAAAUGUUACGGAAUUAAGUUAACGUAGGUGUCUUCUAACAUGUACACGGUUAGAGGACAGAUAAUAAUAGCUUUUGUUAUUGGGUGAUCUGAUUUCUGAUUUGGGUGCGGUCAGUGUUUUGAUAUGCCACAAAUCCAUAUAUUGCAUCGAAUGUAGAUUUAACAAAUAAAAUUUACAUUUCUAGAGUUUAUCUGCUCGAGUUUUGCAAUAAUUAUUUCUAUUCCGUUUUAACUGUUGUAUAAAAGAUACGACUAGUGUCAGAGACUAUCAUUCAGUUUUUUUUAUUCUAACGAACCUCAGAAAUAAUGAAGAUCUACGUGGUAAGUACAACAAGAAAUUACAAAUGGAUUCUCUUAUAGACAAGUGUACAGUGAAGUAUUUGUUUGUGCAGUUCGCUGUGUUGGUGUUUGGUGUUGUUACCAGUAAUGCUCAAGAUGACGGAAGAUACCGUCCGGGCAGUUACGGUGGUGAUGACGGUCGGUACCGGCCAAGCGCUGAGGGACAAUACUCGGGAUCCUACAGUAAUCGAAACGACAAUAGAUACAACUAUGCCAGUGGAGUAAAUUAUAACAACUUAUACGGGAGAUCACAAUCCAGGUAUGGUUUGAAAUUAGUAUUAGAUAAAGUUUUAUUUAGAAAUAGCCUCAUUGAAUAUCAUCAAUUAAAAUUUUUUUUCAGUUACAGUCAAAACGCUGCUGCUUAUCCAUCAGUGGCGGUAACUGCUGCACCUCCAUCUUAUUAUCAACAAGAAAGUUCGUAUGCCAGGCCGCUUCAAGCUUCUUAUGUUAGGUCACAAAGUAACGAGCAGAACGCAAGGAUCCUUAAACAGGAUAGUCAACUAGACAUUGAUGGAUACCAGUACUAUUAUCAGACUGAUAAUGGUAUCAACGCUGAAGAAGCUGGUAAGCUUCAGUCUACCGCUUCUGGUCCAGGAAUUAGAGCCAGUGGAUUCUACGAAUAUGUAGGUGACGACGGUGUUACAUACAGAGUAGAUUAUACAGCUGAUGAAAAUGGUUUCCAUCCUAGUGGUGCUCAUUUACCGCAAAUACCUCGAGUAUAAUUAUUAUUUUUAAAUAUUUUAUCCACUGUUAUUAGUUAUAUCGGAAUUAAUAUAUAUUAAAAUUUAGUGAUGUUUUAUUUUAUUUAAGAUUUGGGUUUCUAAUUCCGACAAGGAAUAGUAGAUCUAUUACAGUUGUAAAAUUAUAUUUUUUAUUGUAAUUUGUAUAAGUAAUAUUUUUAAGCAACAAUAAAGAAUUUAUUGUUGUUAAUGAAUAUUAGUCAUAAUGAAUGUUGCAUGUAUUAAUGUUAGACACCAAACUUUAUAUAUUACACUUCAAUAUAGUUUGUAUACUAGACAAUAAUAAAGAAGCUAUAAUGACGCUACAGGAUUCUUUGAUUUUAUCAAGUAGAUACUGACGGUUACCAAUAUAAUUACCGUACAGCAAAUGACUUCAACUCCGAUGAAGUCAGUGAGCCUGUGACUAUCGCUUACCAAAAGUUCAUUUUAUAUAUUAAAUAUUUCCUCCAGUAUUGCUAAUUAUAAUUAGUUACAAAGUUAUAAAAAUAAUAUUUGUUUUUAUUAAAUUGUUAAAGUACUAAUU